GAGUAAGGGCUGUUUUUAUUCAGGAGGCUGUUGUAGUGGUCGUUAGUGCAUCGACGCUCGUGUGUACCGCUGGUGGUGGGGGUCGGUAGUUGCUAGGAUACAAAGCUUGUACCCGCCGUUACCAGGCUGUUGGUUGCUAGGGGGUCGGAGCCCUCUGCAGCUCGUGCAGCGUGUGUCAGUUCCGUCGGUGAGCUCGUGGUGCUGCGGUCCUCCUCUUAAUUCAACGGGAAGCCUCGUCCUGACAGCUCAUCAUACCCUCCGUCCAGACCCUUUAUCCCGUCAGAGCACCCACACCAAUACACUCCCUACUGAUUGCGGCCAGCGAACAAUAUCUGACAGCCCAUUGGUGGGUAUCUGAUGAGGCUGGCAGCUCAGAAGAUUCCGGUCGGCUCUCCGGUUGCGUACUGUGGAGCUUCUGAGCCACUGCACAUCACUGGGUCUCCCUACGGGUGGUCCUGUGUUCAACCCCCCUAGACUCCAGAACCCGGGCCCCCGGCGCAUCCAAUGACGAGAGCCCCUACCCAAGCCAGCCCAUCUGCAAUCUCUAUCUACAGACCAUAGUUUAGCCACUGAAACUAGCAGUCCUGCGAGCCGUCGCCUCCUAGCUGCCGCUAGCAGCUAACUACUGCUAGCAGCAUGCUGUGGGAUACUUCCAGAGUUGCAGGAAGAAGCUACAGCGUAUGUUUAGCGCUAGAUAUCCGGAGCUGACCACACCGGGGACCCCCUCACUGACCGUGCAAUCGCUGACCAUCGGAUCGCUGACAACCAAUCUCUUGACGGUGGAGUGCGCAGAUCCCCAGGUCAUUAAGAACAGCCCCUAGACGCAUCAUGCCCACCAACCAGUCUUCUCCCUGGGGCAGUGGGAGGCUGCGGACCCCCUCAAAGCCAGACUCCCCUACCACCAUGACCACUGCUGCUAAGAGGGCCCUCUCCCCAGAGGAGGACAUGGAGACCAGCAGUGCCUUCCACCCCGACAACCAAAAGCACACGGCAACAACAAAAAGGCCCACCAAGCAGUCAACAGCGCAUAAUGGAUAUGCACCAGCAGAGUACCAGAGUCACCAAGUACCUUCUGCUACCCAAUGUAGCGCUCCAAAAACUGAAGCAGCUACCUGCCACUCCCUGCCAAAGCCCUGGCCCUCGGCCUCCGGGGAAGGCUGCUCCCUCCAGUCUGGGUGGGGGAGCACUAUAUUGUCUUCUGAGUCCUCUGCCUACUCCACAGCCAACGAGGUCAAGACAAAAGAACCUGCUUCCUGUCCUGCUGGAGCCGCCGUGGGGGCUGUGGCCAAUCAGAUCUCUGCCAUCCAUCUGACCAAGCUGACCAUGCCCUCCUUAUCUGCAUCUUUCUCCCCACACCCCCCCCUCAAGGGGGAGGAGGAGUAUGACGGAGGCGUGAAGCUCUCUGGAAAUGAGUGUUUUGCUAAGCAGAUGGAAGGUGAAGAGGAAGAGUUUCCUGAUGAGGUGGAGAAAGGAUGCGAUGAUGACGAAAGUUCUGACUGUUCUUCUAUCAUCUGUGUUCCCUAUGCUGCUGCUGCUCUCGAUCCUCUGUACAGCGUGGAGGACUCUGUGGGUGUGGAGGUGAGGUCGGCCCUGGUCCCCAGCCUGUUCCCCUUCUGCCCCCCCACGCUGUACUUCAGCAGGGCCAACGAGAGAGUGGAGAUGCUUCCUCAGGAAAAGAGGAGGCUUCUGAAGUGGAAGAUGAGCUCGGUGACUCCAAACGUGGUCCGACACAUCAUCGCCAGGUCCCACUUCAAGACCACAAAAAGAAGCCAUGAUUGGCUCGGAUGUUGGGGACAUCACAUGAAAUCUCCUCUUUUCAAGACCAUCGAGGCGCAUCAGAAGCUGAACCACUUCCCCGGCUCCUUCCAAAUAGGGAGGAAGGACCGUCUGUGGAGGAACCUCUCUAAGAUGCGAGCUCGCUUCGGGAAGCAGGAGUUCAGCUUCUUCCCUCGCUCCUUCAUCCUGCCGCAGGACAUCAGGCUGCUGCGGAGGGCCUGGGAGGAUGCAGGGGCGCGGCAGAAGUGGAUCAUCAAACCUCCUGCCUCUGCCAGGGGAACAGGUAUCCAGGUCAUCUAUAAGUGGUGUCAGAUGCCAAAGAAGAGGCCCCUACUGGUCCAGAAGUACCUCCACAAGCCCUACCUCAUCAGCGGGAACAAGUUUGACCUGAGGAUCUACGUCUACGUCACCUCCUACGACCCGCUGCGCAUCUACAUCUUCUCGGAUGGCCUUGUCCGCUUCGCCAGCUGCAAGUACUCCUCCUCCAUGAGGAGUCUGGGUAAUAAGUUCAUGCACCUGACCAACUACAGUGUGAACAAGAAGAACACUGAGUACCAGACCAACAGCGACAACAAGGCCUGCAAGGGACACAAAUGGGCUCUACAGGCGCUGUGGCAGUACCUUGGUGCUAAAGGGAUCAACACUACUCUGAUCUGGGACAAGAUCAAAGACAUGGUCAUCAAGACCAUUAUUGCGUCAGACCCCUACAUCAACAGUCUGCUGAAGAUGCACGUGCGCUCCCCAUACAGCUGUCACGAGCUGUUUGGGUUUGACAUCAUGCUGGACGACAAGCUGAAACCCUGGGUGUUGGAGGUCAACAUCUCUCCCAGCCUCCACUCCAACACAGCUCUUGAUGUGACCAUAAAAGGUCAGAUGAUCAGAGACGUGCUGAACCUAGCUGGCUUCCUGCUGCCUUCCAGAGAGCAGGUUGCGGCCUGCAGCCAGAGCGCCUCCAGCUCCUCCAGCAGUGUAUGUGGUGGCAGCAGCAGGCAAAGCAGGACGCAGCUCUCUACUGACGAGAAAGUGAAGAGGGCCUUCUUCAUCUCACAGACUCAACAGGACCUGUACUCCAGCGUGCUGGAUGUGCUCACCCCGGAGGACGUGUGUGUGCUGGCUCAGAGCGAGGACGAGCUUGGGCGUCGGGGGGACUUUGAGAGGAUCUUCCCCUCCUCCUCCUCCUCUCACUACCUGCGCUUCUUCGAGUGUCGCCGCUACCUCAACAUCCUGCUGAGCCAAUGGGAGCACAGAUAUGCCAGCAACAGGAACACAGGCGUCUCUCUGCUGAGGUCUCUCUGUCAGAAGAGUGUCCACCUGGGAACCAGCGACCCCACCCACAUGUGGUCCAAAUGUAGUUAUGUUUCUAGGUUUGAAACCAAGAGAGCCGAUCUCAGCUGUUCCAGCGUGGCCAUCAGCUGGCAGCGCCGCAUCCACUCUGAGGACGAGGAGGACCAAGAGGAUGGUGCUGAUGAAGAUGUUCUGGACAGAGAGGUCCACUCCAUCUCCUCCAGCUUCCUCCAGAUCAACUCUCCCACCUCCCCUAGCCCUGGCUCCACCCCCACCCCCACCCUCAGCCCUGUCCCGUAACCCACAGCCACGCAGCUAGUUAACGACCCCAACUAUGAACCCUACCAAGACAACACCCACAUCACUUAGCCUCUAACCAUUACCCCUACCAAAACACCAUCCACAUUGCUUAGCCUUUAACUCUUACCCCUACCAAAACACCACUCAUAUCACUUAGCCUCUAACCCUUACCCCUACCAAAACACCACCCACAUCACUUAGCCUCUAACCCCCACACCUACCAAAACACCACCUACAUCCUUAGCCCCGCCUACACCCAUCUCUUGCUCCAUUGUCGUCACUAGGGCAUCAGAGCUGAGACCCGGUCCUGGUCCAGGACGGUCUUGGUCCAGGACUCUUUAAAUCAGAACCAGUCUGGACAUAAAGCAUUCAUGCUGCCUCCAUGUUUGGACCAACAAGUGACACUCAGCCUGUUGGCUCAUCUGUGGAUAUUCUUAAUAUUCUAAUAAAAUGUUCUAAUAAAAUGCUUUAGUGUGAA